GGACACUAACUAAUCACUAGAGCACCGUGGAUCUCGAAGAGGCUGCUCUCUCCGAAUCGAUUUCCUACGAAGUGCCUACCGGAAGCAUUCCGUGACAAUUGCUCCAGAGUAAAGACCGCUUACUUAGUAGGUCUGCUUCUGGAUCUAAAAAAAAGUGGGAAGUUGCCCCCCUUCCUUUACCAAGAAUGGGAUUUUCUUGCUCAUUUCCAUUUGCUUGUCAAGGAGCUUCGACUACAGCCGAGACCUUUGUAGUGGGCGUGGCCGUUUCCUUUGUAAUAAAUUCCAAAGAUGAGCCUCCUGAAUAUGUAGUUCGCCUCGGCCAAUCAGAGCGCACGGGAGCUCAGCUGUUUUACUACUGGAACGCAAGGAAACUUUUUUUUUUUUUUUGGCGCUUGCAGAAGUUCAGCGCUCGUUCAGUGCCUGGAGGGGAGCUGCCGGACUCGGGGCAGUUUCCUAGCUCUUUCCCGCUCAAGCCACCGUGCAAGAUGAGCGCAGCCGUGGAGGAAGCUGUCUUGCCGUCUAUCUCCACCUUUGCCGGAUUGGUGCCGCUGGAAGACCGGCAGCCCGACAUGGUACAGGUGAGGGCGCACGGAACUGUUUGGGAAAGCGCCGGAGGGGCAAGGCGCAAGGAAGACCCUCCCGUACAUUAAAACUAAUAUUAACGGAAUGGCGCUCCGAGACUAUUUGGAGGGGUUGCGGGGCAGGGGCCCUUGGCCCCCGGGGACAGUUUUCCCGUUCUUAAUCGCCCCCCGUUGCGCCCCUUGCCGCCGCCAGGAUCCAGAUGUGUAUUUUGAGGUGGGGUGUUAGAAACUCUGCGCGACGGCGCCUUGAGGCUGCACCCCACUUCUAACCUGCCUGGCUUUGCUGGGGAGGUUCCUGGUCUUUGCACUCGUAGGAGGAUAAACUACCUUGGAUCAUAUAAAAAUGACACAGGUCAGGAUCGGCUGCGAGCAAUAAGAUUUUUCAACGAUGUUAAUUUAAAACUCUUGCCUGAGCUGUUUGGGGGCACCAACGUUAUUGAGGUUUUCGCUUAAAAAAAAAGAAAAGAAAAAACUUAUCGAAAUUAUCUUAAGAAUUUUGGAGUGGCACAUGCCUUAAACUCAAUUCACAGCUGUGAGGCUAAAAUACCACACUCAGCCUCUUGGAGCGCGGGCAGGAUACUAGAAUGUAUAUAUGCGAGUUUUAUCCUGGUCCAGGAGUACGUGCAGAGAGUAAGGGUGGAGUUCCUGAUCAGGCUGAAUUGAUGCCCGAAUUGUUCGGUAGCAAAGUUAGCCCCUCACAGUUACUGGAAUUCCUACCUGAUUUGUGUCCCGAUCCUGCGCAGCCUUAGGCACCCCGAAGGGCAGUGGCGGCGCGUGCAAGCUCUGAUCGUUUAAUAAAGAAACUUUGGGAGAGGGACAUUUUGAAGCCGGAAUGGGUGUCCCUACGAAAAAGGCUAUUAGGGUAGAGCCUUUGAGCAGAAAAGCGUGGUAGUGGAGGAGGAAGGUGGUUAAGCAUUGCUCUCUCCCCCCCCCUAAAAUCUCCCUUUUCUUCUUAAAGGUCGUCAUGGCUCCCUUAUACGUAUUUGCGUGCAAAAUGUAUUUUUGUCCCACGACAAUUUCUGGGCGAUCUAACAAUUUAAAGGCUAGCUAGAAACAAAAACACCUUGAAUAUAUUUUUGUGGGACUUGGAAAGGAUGCAGGGAUGAAGUUUUUUUGACGGCCGAGAAAUUUAAACUUAACUCUCCGCGGGACGUUUUGGUAAAGACCGCCGUAAUCUGCAAAGGACGGAGCGUACCAGUCAUAUUCCAGCGCGAGGGGCUUCUCGCUGAGCGGAACCAAUCAAAUAUUGGGGCGGGGGCGGAGAGAGGGCGGGGCUAGUGGGGGGGUCAAGUCAAUUAACUCCUCCAUAAUUAACUACAUUCCAAGAGGAGAUGGGUACAUUUUGGAGAGAUCAGGAAGCGAUCCCGGCUCAUUCCUGACUGGCGUACUAGCAGGCUGUGUAGACGCAGGAUCCGCUCCUCCAAACCAUAACGAGGGGAUCGGGUGGGAUCCGGUGGAGCCUAGCAGAUUGGUAUUAAUUCGAAGUGAUUUGAGUGCCAGGCGCGCCCUGCCCUUAAACUCAUCGGAGAGGGAAGGUGCGCGCAACCCGUUUUUCAGGUUAGGGGGUGCUAUAAAUAGUGUCUGGAUUUGGCUCCCCAGUAGCAUGUUUGCGCCUGGCACCUUAACUCUUUCCCCGCCAUAACCCCGCUGCUCCUAUCCACGCAGCAGCAGCAGCAGAGGAUCCCCACCCACGUGGAGGGCGCCGCGACCAUCAAGAGGGAAGCGGACGAGUUAGGGAACUUCGUCGACCUGGAGUUCAUCCUGGCGCACACCACGAACGGGCAGCCCACGGGGGUGGCGGCGCCCCCGCACCCCAACCCCAACUACCCGUUGCCCGAGACUCCCGAGAGCUGCGGCACCACCUACGACAGCGACAGCUCCAACUACCAGCAGCCCUCCAACAAGUUCGCCGCGUCCUACAUGCCCAGCCCCGGCCACAGCUACAUGGCCGAGCUCUUCACGCAGGACAUGCAACAGCACCCGGCAGCCGGGCCGGGCCCUUGCGAGCUGCAGCGGCGGGAAUACACGGAGCUGCGCGCCCCUGGCUUGGCCCACGCUCCCCCAGGCUUAGCUCGGGGCCUAUCCAUGGAGCACCUGCGCGUCAAGCAGGAGCCGAUGGACGGGCAGCCGUGCAUGAUGAGCGGCAGCCCCGAUUGCCUGGGGCCCGCUCCUCUGGACCACAAGCCCCUCCUGAUGCAGGCCAUGAUGCAGCAGCAGCAGCAGCAACCGCCCCUCCCGCAGCACGCGCCCUCCGGCUUCCCCAGCGAGCAGAUGAGCCCCGCGGCCGGCGACAUGCACGCGCAGAUGGGAGCCCCCCAGCAUUACCCCCGGGGGGCCCACCUCUUCCCGCCCAACUUCGCCGGGCAGAUGCAGCCCCAGUUCCGUGGACACUUCAGCGUCUUCCGGGAGUCCUUGAACGCGCACGCCCAGGGCCUGCACGGGCUGCUGGUAACGCCGCCCAACUCGCCCGUCUUGGAUUACUAUGCCCCGAUGGGGCCGCCGGAGGAGUGCAAGCCGAAGAGGGGCCGCAGGUCCUGGGCGCGCAAGCGCACGGCCACCCACAACUGCGAGUUCGCCGGCUGCGGCAAGACCUACACGAAGAGCUCACAUCUCAAGGCGCACAUGCGGACCCACACGGGUAAGAAGGGCGCAGGGCCCGGACAGGAGGGCGCGGGGCUGGGAGUGGAGUUAGGGGGGGGGAUGCGGACCGCCUCGGGUGGGUGGAUGUGGGGAAGCGGGCUCGCGGAGAAGGGCUCCCCAAGAGGAGGAGCGGGGCGGAGGUGUUCCCCCCCCCCCCGUGGGCGCACAGGGUGUAGCAAUGUGGAGAAUUGGACGCAGGGCAGACUCGCAGAGUGUGCGAAAACUGGCAGCAAACUCUGCCAGGCUGAUCUUAUAUGACGCUUGGGCGUGCUUUGGCCAAUCAUGUCUUCCCGGGAAUGUGCGGCUUGUGUACAGGGGACGCUGCAGGAGCAGAGCUUGGCAGGACAGCGCCAGUGCGUCUUGUUGCUUUAUUCCACGAAUUAAAUUGUUUCUGGAAAGGCGCAUGCAAUACAAUCCUGUGCAUGUUGUUUGCCCGGAAGUUUGUUUACAGAACUCUCCAGUUAAGACCGCUGACUAGGUUGAACUAAUGCGAGUUUGAUGUAAAGCGGUUAUGUCCAAUGUAGGACAUCGUUGGGGCCAGUUUUCACCAGGGAUGUGAGAUCAGUGGAGAGCACAUUCCCUGGAAUAGGCCCACAUGAUCUUUUAUUUGGGCGAGUGUUUGCCCCAGGGUGGGUGGAGACAGGGCCAUUUGCACUCCUUUUCACCAGGCUAGAAAGUUCACCUUUCUCUCCUUUUCUGUUUUUCCAGGUGAGAAGCCUUAUCACUGUAACUGGGAAGGCUGCGGCUGGAAAUUUGCACGGUCAGAUGAACUAACACGCCAUUACCGCAAACACACUGGUGUUCGGCCCUUCCAGUGCCACCUCUGUGACCGUGCCUUCUCCCGAUCAGAUCACCUGGCCCUGCACAUGAAGAGGCAUGUGUGAAGCAUGGCCUGCUCCCGGGGCACCUGGGUGGGAUGUGGUAGGGAUGAAGAAGAGGGGGAUGGGACAGGACAACGGGGCAGGGACGCAAAGAGACUCUGAACUCUAUUUAUGAAGGGAUGGAAUAUUUUCUUAUUGGAAGAGGUAAAUUAUGUAUAUAUUAGUAAAACAUUUUAAUAUUUAAAGAGGAAACCCAGUUGGUUCUUCCAUGGCAAUAUGGAAAACGUUUGUGUAUUUAAGAGUGAAUAGUUACACAGAUCUAACUGCAGCAGAGUAUAUGAAAAAUUGCACUGGAAAUAUUUGUGUGUGGGCACUAUAAUUGUGGCAGCAUAUCUCUGCCAUUCCCAUUCCAAAUCUUCAGUGUGCACACAGCCAUAGUUCAAAGACUAUGUCAAUUGCCUCAAGCGAGUUUAACUUUUUAAUGUUUUGCUCUGUACAAUGGUCUUUAUUUUUUAUCUUGUAAUGUAAAAUGCUUGCUCUUGUCAAACUACCUUUUUAUAGUAGGUAUCCUUGAGGAAAAGAGGGACAAAUUUAAACUUGCUGGCUCCUUUUGUUCAAAGGGAUGGUGCCAAAAGGGACAGAUCCAAAAAGGUUGGCUUGAACUAUGUUACCCCAGUGAAUUAAAACAUCUGCAUCUCAUACCAAAUUUUUUUAAUCAAAGAUAGAUUUGGGCGGGGGUGUUACCUCAUGUUUUGCCAAUGUAUAUAAUGACCAGGGAAGGGACUAGGGGGAAGUCAACUUUUUUCUGAAAUGGUCACUUCUGGAACAGGCUGUAAAACCAAAAUAUAAACCCUGAACAAAAGGCAAAACUUAUUCUGGAAGAUUGCAUGAGCUGAAGGGUUUCAAGGACCAAUGUAGUGCAGGACAAUCCUGCUGAUACUUAACUCAGAAGCCAGUCCCAUUUGAGUUUAAUGCGACUAACAGCACAAUCCAUGCAUUUAAAAAAAGCACAAUUGAGUUUAGCAAGUGUUCUAAGGUGGCCAAGCUGAAAAUGAGGACAAGACUCCGGCAUCUUUAAUUAGUUGUAUAGUUUAAUAGUUGUAAGUUGUCACGCAGGCUUACAUCUUCUACACAACUUUUAUUAAGCAGAGGAAUCCUGUCUUUCUCCCCCCCAACCCUUAACCCCAAAGUAUGCCUAAAGUAUGCAAAGUAUCCCCAAAGUAUGCAAUGUUAAUUCCCCCCCUUGUCCUGCUCAGAGAUGCUGCUAAAGCAUUGCCAAAAAUGCCUUAACAUUCAAAUACACUUUUUCCCUGCAAAAUUGAGAUAUCACAUAUUUAUAAGCAAAACCUUCAAAAAGUUGCCUUAUAAAUGUGUACUACUUCGGUGCUGUCAACCAGCUAAAUUUCUUGUGGAUGUGAUCUUUGCUUUCAACGGAACAAGUCACACUAAAUGCAGUGGGAGCCACUUUUAAAUAAGUUUAUAUAGAAUUGUGCUUUGGCUGGCUAACUGUACAAUCCUAUAUGUUUACUGAAAAAUAAAUCCCACUUUUUUUUCAGCAGGGCUUACUCGCAGAUAAGUGUGCAUAGUAUUGCAACCAAACUGUCUUAGCUUUUAACUGACAAGAAGAUGUCCAUACAUCUGCUUGGUUGCAAUACCUCUAGGUGCUUUGUGAGAAUGUAACAUGAUUUUCAACCUCUUGCCUUCGUAAAUGGGAAAGAAAGCCAUCUUUGCUUGCUUCUUAAACAAAUGUGUAAGGCAACGAAUGCUCCAAGACUCUUGUAGAUUUAUGUACUAGUGACAUUUUUGUAAAAGUACUAGCGACAUUUUUGUAAAAGUACAACUGAAAACUAUGGUUCUGUUCUUGCAAUCAUUUGUCCUGAACUGCCUAUUCCUUUGCUCAAAGUAAAGAUGCUGUUUGGAUCAUGAAAGCAAUCUGUUCUACAAGGCUAAUGAUUUGGUUGAUUAACUGAUAACCUUUUAAUAUCUGUUUUGGUGUCUCCUUCCAAAGGAUGAUCAUGAAGCCAGGUACUGCUGCAGCUGCAAUCCCUCUCCUACAACUGCCAUGGCAGCUUUUUUACUUUUAAUUUUUUUGUAAAGGGCAUUUUUGUCCAUUUCUGCUAUACUUGAAACUUUCUUUCCGAAGAGAAAAGGACCCUCUCAAUAUGUAGCUUCUGCAAACAAGUUGUAAUUCUUUUAAAAAAUGCUGUAAAUGUAUUGUUGUUUUUUGUUGUUGUUUUUUUAUAGGCUGGGUAAAUGACCUCAGCCCUGGUAUGUGCACUGCACCUGUCUGUAUUAUAUUGUUAAUAUUGUGUGUGUGUUUGGCUUGGGCCCAUCAAGCAAUCUACCGUGCAAAAUGUUAGUUUUCUCUAUAUGCAUACCUUUUAAAGAUUGUUGAUCUGAUGCAGACAAAUAAUAAAAAAUCUGAACUAAA